AACAUGUUUUCACCAGUUUGUCGCUAGAGAACCGAUCAAACACUCUCUUUCAUGAAAAACCCAAACAAACCCACUUGACAUUUCUCAGUCAAACACACCGACAGAGUGAGAGAUGAGUAUGUACGGAUAUGAUGUAUCUAUAUACGAUUACGGUUUUUCCAAUCAGGCAAUCUCCAAUUCCCUUCGCGGUCAUACCAUCAAUUAUGACGAUGAUGAGCUUUACUUUAGAAGACCGCCGCCUUUACGCCACUCACCUCCGGUCACUCCGCCGACCAACCACCGCCACGACGGCACCUCGCCUCUCCCUCUAGGAAUGGACUGGAGUCUCCCGCCACGUGUCUGGGAAGGAAGAAAUUCUGUUUGGCCACAUGAUUCGAAUAAGGGAUGGAGAUACUGUGUCACAGUUCCUUCUUGGACUAUCGCAUCGUCUACAAGUGGUUCAGAUGCUGUGUUUUUCAGAGUUCAGGUUGGUGUGCAGUCACCAGAAGGAAUCACGUCAACUCAAGAAGUACUAAGAAGAUUUAAUGAGUUCUGGAAGCUAUAUUCUGAUCUCAGAACGGAAUUCCCUAAGAAAUAUUUGCCUCUUCCUCCUCCAAAGAGUCUUAUGAAAAUGAGAAGCAACACACUUUUGGAAGAGCGAAGGUGUGCUUUGGAGGGCUGGCUGGAGAAGCUAUUAUCUGAUAUUGAUGUGUCGAGAACUGCUCUGGUGGCAAUGUUUUUGGAACUAGAAGCGGCUGCAAGAAAAUCAUGUUCUGAGUUGACUCCGGAUGACAGAGUGACAAACCUUGUUCCAUCAGAUCAGCUUCCUUGCAAUUCAGCGAAUUCACUACUUAGUAGCAGUUCGUCCAUUUCUUCGGAUAUUGACGGUUCAUCAGGAUCAAAGAAAGCAACCACAGUCGAGCAGAAUGAAAUACUACAGAAAGAGUUGGAUAAUGCUAAGGAGCAGAUUGAGACUUUAAGGAAAUCAAAAUCAGACGUUAAACUUCUUGUUAAGGAGGUCAAGUCUCUUAGAAAAUCUAAUCUAGAACUGAAGCAUGAGCUUACCAAAUGUUUGGAAGAAAAAACUCAAUUAGAGAAUGAGAAACAACAAUGGGAAGCCGGGGAUUCCACUAAAGUAGCACUGUUGCAUGAAUGUGAACAUCUUUGCAACCGGCUACGAGAGUGUAGUGUUAACUUCAUUUUGGAUGAAGAAGAUAAACUGAUGGCGGAUACUUCUUUGUCAGAUGCCAUUGAUCUGUUGGAAACAUCUGAUAGCCAAAUUAGUUCUCUGCUUGCCGAGGUGCAGUUCCUUGGUCAAGAUGAUGAAACCGCUACUGGACCUGCUAAUCAAGCUGACAAUAGCGACAUUUUCAUAAGUAGAGAUGGCGACUUGAGGACCCUCUUGAGUGAUAUUUUAACUGAGAAUGCAAUGUUGAGAAAACAAGUGAACUCUGUCAUCCGUCAGGCACUAACUAAACCUGGUGAUACUCCAAAAGAUGAGGCCGGAGAUGAUCCCAUAAUGUAAACUGCAUCCGACAAAGUCAUUGAAUAAAUGAAUAAUACUGUAAUACCUUGUAUGUGUACCACGUGCAACGAAAUAUACAUAGCGGUUAGUUUUGUUUUUUUGUUUUUUGUACCAUGAUGUGAUCUCAAAAGACUUGAACUCCGAGUCAUUUUGUUUACCUCUAUAAUGUUCCAUCAUUAAUUAUUGUCAA